CACAUGAUUUAACAGCAGUAAUAUAAACAUUGCUUUAAGAAAAAAUUCUAUGACUAAUCAUAUUUAUUUUUGCAACCAUGAACCAUUUUAUCUGUUCUGCAAGUUUCAUUUAAUGCUAUUGAAGUGAAUGCUGAUGUUCCAGCCACUAUUGACAUGAUCCAGGGUUGUGGAAAGUGUUGGAGAGGGUGUAACUGAACUUGCAAAAGGAGAUUUGGUUGUCCCAAUUUUCUUAGCUGAUUGUGGGGAGUGUUUAGAUUGCAAAUCAAGCAGGAGCAAUCUUUGUUCAAAUUUUCCUUUUCAGUUCUCUCCUUGGAUGCCUAGAGAUGGCACAUCAAGAUUCAAGGAUUCAAAAGGAGAGAUAAUACAGCAUUUCAUGUUUGUUUCUAGUUUUAGUGAGUACACUGUGAUUGACACUGCCCAUCUAACCAAGGUUGAUCUACCAAUACCACCCAAGCUGGCAUGCCUACUUGGCUGUGGAAUAUCAACUGGAGUAGGUGCUGCUUGGAAAUCUGCAGGUGUGGAGCCAGGCUCUACAGUAGCCAUUUUUGGGCUGGGAAGUAUUGGAUUAGCUGUUGCUGAGGGAGCUAGAAUUUGUGGAGCAACUAAGAUUAUAGGUGUGGAUAUCAACCCAGAGAAAUAUGAAGUUGGAAAAAAGUUUGGAGUCACUGACUUUGUCCAUUCUGGAGAAAGCAAAGACAAAACUGUGAGCCAGAUUAUCAUGGAGAUGACUGAUGGGGGAGCAGACUAUUGUUUCGAAUGUGUUGGCAAGGCAUCACUGAUGGAAGAUGCAUACGCUUCUAGUAGAAGGGCUUGGGGAAAAACGGUAGUUGUAGGAUUGGACAAGCCAGGAUCCAAGUUGAGCCUUGACUGUGGUGAAGUACUGCUCAGUGAGAAGACACUCAGGGGAUGCUUAUUUGGAGGACUCAAACCUAAGACUGAUGUACCUACU